CACCAGCUGUUGCCUUCCUGCUGCUCACUAUGUCCACGUCCACGAGUUGCCCAAUUCCAGGGUCCUGGGACCAGCUGCCAGACGGCUACAGCACCACGCCUGGCGGCACACUAUACGCCACUACCCCGGGAGGCACCAGGAUCAUCUACGACAGAAAGUUCCUGCUGGAGUGCAAAAACUCACCCAUUGCCCGGACACCUCCCUGCUGCCUCCCUCAGAUCCCCGGGGUCACAAUUCCCCCAACAGUACCACCCUUCAAGCUGGAGUUGCUGAAGGAACAGAAGCAGACAGAGGAAGAGAUAACCGAUGACGAACAAUUUGAAAUGGACAUGUAAUCUAGUGCAAAGUGACCUGUGUGGAAUUAUGGAAGGAGCUCUCAUGCCACUAUUGUCAUCACCCCUUCUAGGGUAUCCAGGGCCAGCUGGCCUCAUCUAAUCUGGAAGUGAAUUGUUGGUUCUGAGCUUCCUUUAGUUCUGAGGCAGCUAGACCAGGGAUAGCAGUGGGCAACCUGCCAAGCCUUUAGCUUUCUCUGGUCUAUACAUAUUCCUCCCAAACUCUGCUCUUCCCCUCAGGGCUGGCACUGGGGAACAGAGUAUGUCACCUUCUGGCUGCUUAGUAAACUUUCAAAAAACUG